AUGGAAACGGGUUGGCUACUGCGCUACCACAAAAACCACCCGACAACUGUGGUGUCGAAAAACUUGUCUAUGCAGCUCAACGACGAUACCAUCAGACGCCGACAGUUCCACUUCAGUAACAAUUAA